AUGGAUAUUUCACUUUAUUUAAAAGAUUAUUUUUAUGAUUCAAAUGAUUUUGACGAAAUUUAUUUAUUUAAAGAAGAUUACCAAGAUUGGUCAUUAAUUCAACCAACCAUCCAAUCAUUGUUUACAUCACAAAAAAAUUACAUAUUGAAGGACAAUGAAAAGGAUCCAAUACACAAAAUAAAAAAAGUACAAAAAUCAAAACAAAAAAAUGUUUCAGCAUAUGCACUAUACUUUAGAGAUGUACAAGAAGAAGUAAGAAAAAAAAAUCCUUCUGCUUCAUUUGGUGAAAUUUCUAAAAUUAUUUCUUUUAUGUGGAAUCAAUUACCAAAGGAAAAAAGACAGGAAUAUAAAAGACGUACUGAUGACCAAAGAAAAGAACAACUAAAAAAGUUAGCAUAUAAUAAAGUAUUUGCAGUAAUUCAACAUAAGUAA